GGGGGGGGAAGCGGCGGCGGCGGCCGGGGGGAAAGCAGCACUCGGGCCAGGGCCGAGCUCCCUCCGGCGGGCCCGCCAUGUGAGGAGACCCCGACGCCCCUCAGGUUGCACCUUUUGGGCCAGGAGACAUGGACAGCAGCAGCUUCAUCCAGUUUGACGUUCCCGAAUACAGCAGCAGCGUCCUGAGCCAGCUGAACGAACUCCGCCUGCAGGGCAAGCUUUGCGACAUCGUCGUGCACAUCCAGGGCCAGCCGUUCCGAGCUCACAAAGCUGUCUUAGCCGCCAGCUCUCCCUACUUCCGCGACCAUUCGGCCCUGAACACCAUGAGCGGCUUGUCCAUCUCCGUCAUUAAAAACCCCAGCGUCUUCGAGCAGCUGCUUUCUUUUUGCUACACUGGAAGGAUGUCUCUGCAGCUGAAGGACGUGGUCAGCUUCCUCACCGCCGCCAGCUUCCUCCAGAUGCAGUGCGUCAUCGACAAGUGCACUCAGAUCCUGGAAAGCAUCCAUUCGAAAAUCAGCGUCGAGGAAGUCGACUCGGUGACGAUCGGGGCCGAAGAUCCGCUGGAGAACCACAAUGGCCUGAAGGAGGGCAGCUAUUUCGCCAACCCCGUUGAGAUUUCCCCUCCUCCCUACUGCGCUCAGGGCCGCCCGCCAGCUUCAGGGAACGACCUCCGGAUGGAAACGACACCGGUCAACGCUUUCCGCGGCCGCCUGCAGGAGGAAGGCCACUCGGACCGGGGCAGCAGCGGUAGCGUUUCGGAAUACGAGAUUCAAGUCGAAGGAGAUCACGAUCAAGCGGAGCUGAUCAUUAGAGAGAGCCAGGCUGCCGAGGUGAAGGUCAAGAUGGAAAAAUCCGACCGGCCCAGCUGCUCGGAUAGCUCUUCGCUUGGCGACGAUGGAUACCACACAGAAAUGGUGGACGGAGAACAAGUGGUGGCCGUUAACGUCGGCUCCUAUGGCUCCGUCUUGCAAAAUGCUUUCUCGUAUUCCCAGGGAGCCUCGCAGUCUGCCAACGUCUCCGAAUCCUUCGGCAGCCUGAGGAGCUCCAGCAGUUCGAGGUCGAUGCUCGGCUCCUACCGAGGCCGCGGGCGUCAAAAGCGGGUCUCCACUAGCCACUUGCACAGCGACGUGUCUAGCCUGGUGUCGGCAGCCGACGGCGAGCCUUCCGCCCAUCAGCCGGGCUACGAGAGCGGCUCCCGGGAGAGGAAUUCCCGAGGCCACUGGUACGCCUACAGUGAACGGCUGAUCUGCAUCUACUGCGGGAAGUCCUUCAACCAGAAGGGCAGCCUCGACCGGCACAUGAGGUUGCACAUGGGCAUCACGCCCUUCGUGUGCAAGUAUUGCGGGAAAAAAUACACCCGCAAGGAUCAGCUCGAGUACCACAUCCGCGGCCACACCGACGACAAGCCUUUCCGCUGCGAAGUCUGCGGGAAGUGUUUCCCUUUCCAAGGGACCUUGAACCAACACCUGCGGAAGAACCAUCCUGGCGUGGCCGAAAUCCGAAGCCGGGUGGAAUCGCCCGAAAGAACAGAAGUCUAUAUGGAACAGAGAGACGACGACACUUCCGUGCACGAGACUCUGGAUUAUACCAUGGAUGUGCACACCCCCGAUUAGAAAAAAAAAACAAAAACCAAGGCGCUUUCUCUCUCCACGCAACUCGAGCAAAGCACACAAGUUCCUUCUUCAUUCCCUUCGAUUGGUUUUACGAGAGUUAUAGUUGCGUGGUUUUUCAACACCCCCCCACCUCACCCCCAAA